GGGUCUCUGGGUCUGUGUCAAGUAUCCGGCGGCGCACUCGCAGCAAGAAUCAAGAAGAGGGGAGACGACAAGGAUAGGCCCAGGAGUAAUGGCGUCCAAAGAGGAACAAGUGGUUAAAACUCUCAACAUGGAAAAUGCGCAAUAGGAAAAUGAAAAAAAGGAUGAAAAAGAACAAAAUGCUAAUAAAGGAGAGCCCUUGGCCCUCCCUUUGGAAGCUGGUGAAUACUGUGUGCCAAGAGGAAAUUGUAGACUGUUCCGUGUUCGGCAGCCCAUCCUGCAGUAUAGAUGGGACGGGGGUCAGAGGCUUGGAGAGCCACAGGCAAGGAUGAGACAAGAGAACAGGGAAAGGGUUGGGGAGGAGAUGAGACAGCUGAUGGAAAAGCUGAGGGGAAAGCAGUUAAGUCAUAGUCUGCGGGCAGUCAGCACUGACCCCCCUCACCAUGACCAUCAUGAUGAGUUUUGCCUUAUGCCUUGAAUCCUGAUGUUUUCUCUUAAGUUAAUCGGGAUACACCUACUUUCUAAACAUACACGUCUGUAAUGUACCUUUGUUGUAAAUGUUUUGAU